GGGCGGGGCCCGGGAGAAGAUGGCGUUUCUGCGCUGUAGGCGAGAUCCCUGCGGUGUUAUCUGUCUGAUUUUAACUUAUUUCAGCGUGUUUUACGCGGACUACGUGGUCAUACAGUAUGUCCUCAUCCCCGCCUACUCGGACAGUGUGUGGUGUACUGUGCAUGGAUCAGUGUUCAACCUGAUCCUGCUGCUGCUGCUCGCCUGCCACGCCAAAGCUGUGUUCUCAGACCCCGGUAUGGUGCCUCUCCCUGAGACAGCGAUGGAUUUCUCAGAUCUUCGCUCGCAGUCGUCUCGGAUAAAUGAGCGGGGCUGUGAAGGCUGGACGGUGUGUAACCGCUGUGAAACGUACAGACCUCCCAGAGCGCAUCACUGCAGAGUGUGUCAGCGGUGUAUACGACGCAUGGACCACCACUGUCCCUGGAUCAACAACUGUGUGGGAGAGCUGAACCAGAAGUAUUUCAUCCAGUUUCUCUUUUACACCGGUAUGGCCAGUCUCUACUCUCUGGUGCUGGUGGUGUCGGCCUGGGUCUGGAGGAUACGCAGCGAGAGGGAAGGAGGAGCAGAGAAAGGAGGAGAGGAGACGCCCAGCAAACACCUCAUAGUUGCUCACUACAUCAUCCUGCUGGUGGAGUCGGUGCUUUUUGGAUUGUUUGUCAUGGUCAUCUUCUACGACCAGCUGGUGUCUAUAAUCACAGACGAGACUCCCAUCGAGCAGCUGAGGAACAGACUGAUGAUCAUGGGCCGAGGCUCUUCAUCCUCCUCCUCCUCUUCAUCCUCCACCUCCUCCCCUCAGCCGCCUCCGCCCCCACACACCCGCAAACCCAAGCUUGCGCUGCUGAGGGAGGUCUUUGGAAGAGGUUCGGUGUUCUGCUGGCUGCUUCCUCUCCACUCCAGCCCUCCGUCAGUCGGCGGCAUCACCUACUCCGCCCUGCCCGACUAUGACGUCUGAGGUCCAGGUUUUCAGUGUGUGUGUGUGUGUGUGUGUGUGUGUGAGAGUUUUCUGCCUAACUAUGAUGUCUUAUUUGGAUGGAGGGAAGGAGGAUGAAGGUGUGUGUGUAUUAAAUGAAUGAGUGUAGACGUGUGUGUGUGUGACUUCAUCCUCAGACUCAUGAUUUUUUUUCUGUCAUAAGAGAGUUAGUCCCGAUCUGUAGUUCAACUCCCGGCAUCGCUUGAUUAUUUAGUUGUGAACACUGGGGUUCAGCUGAUACACUCAGCUUGUGUUUUUACACCAAAGCGGCUUUUUCCCGACCAGGAACUCAUUAUUCCAACUAUUCUGACAGUGCAUGAAUGCAGCACAAUGCCCUGUCUCGAAAUGUUAACGAAAGUGGAAAAUAAUUUGCUAACCCGCUCGCAGUUCAAAUCCAUUUCUGCUGAUGGAGGUAAUGGGAAACUGGGGUUUUACUAACACUAUGAUCAGUGUGACCCCUGUGUGUGUGUGUGUGUGUGUGUGUGUGUGUGUGUGUGUGUGUGUGUGUGUGUGUGUGUGUGUGUGUGUGUUCGUUCAAGGGAGUCAGUAUUUAUGCUCACGGACGUUUUAGCAUACACACUAAAUACAUGAACAAGCAUCGAGCCCUCAAACAAAAAGCCCCUAAUGGCAGUCCGAUAUGGUACGGGUUUUUUUAAACCUUCCCCCGAAUGAAGACGGAUCAGAUAUUGCCUUUCGGUUCUUGAACUCUAAGACUAGUUUGUUACUGAACUGAUUUCAACAGAGAGGUAAUAUCCAAGCUAAGCCUUACAAAUGUUACCAAGGAUGUUCCACUGAUAAGGAGUACUAACAGCUGGUACCAAUAUCUGACAUUUCCCAUGGUGUUGAAGUUAAAACACUAUCAUGAUUCAUCCAUUUAUUGCAAUUAAAGCAGCAAAGGAAUAUAUUUUUGGCCACAUACUGAACUAUUGGAUCCAUAAUGGUUCAUUUCUGUUGCCGACCAACACCAAAAGACAUUGAGGUCACUUUAUUUUCUAUUAUUUAUAUGAUUUUAUUCUCAAACUAACUUCUUGAGCUUGAGAUAUUGACGAUACGAUGUCCGUAACUCUCAUUUUUAGACAAUAUUUAUAUACUGAUCCACUACCAAAACUAGCUACCUGUCCUCCAUUACAUAUUUUGAAUAAAUACCAAAAAUCUGGUUCAAUAAUAGAAAUAAUAGGAACAAAUAAUAUGUGUGCAAGUGAUGCAUUUGGGUUCAAACAGGAAAUGUCCUCAAAGAGAUUCAUUUUUAUGAUGAUUUAUUUUCUUAUUCCUGUGUUAUAUUUAAACGUUUGACGUGCUAACUAAACAGAAAUGUGUUACACUUACAGAUUAGCACCACACACACACACACACACACACACACACACAGAGUACUCAGUAUUCUGCUUGAUCUCAGUGAAAGGACGAUGUUUAACUUAUUUAUUGUUUCUAACUAUUCCGUGGAGUUUCUCUACCAGCAUGUGUGUGUUUUGAUGUGACGGGUGAAGCUGCUUUUCUGCACUGAGGAGGUUUUUUAAAUGGUGGUUGUGUCACUAUAAGUUAAAAACACAGCAGCAGAAAAGCAGCUUCACCCCCCCAUGUUUGUGUAUAUAGUAACCUGUGUUUAACCUGGGUGCUGUCAAGUGCUUCAGUGACCUCUCACAAAGAACUGCCAGUAAGAAAACGGUUUUUCCUCUGAAACAAAACAACCUUUUUGUGACUUAAAACCUGCCUUUUUAACUCUGCUUCGAGAAUAAUCAACAUGUUAGCGCUGUAUGCUGAUGACGACUCUUCAUUCGUUAAUGAAAAACCUUUGAGAUGGCAGCGUUUGUUUUGCAUGCUGCGUUGUUGAUGGGUUCUUUUAGUGCGGCAGUCACACUUAUGAGCAAGAUGGCUAAUAUUUCAGGAAUCAGAACAGUUAUAAAUCGGGUUUUUUUUACUGUAAUUAGGAAAAAACCUAAUGAAUCACAAAUGUUUGAUUGUUUAAUUCUACUCAAGAUGUAGAGAUGGGUACUAAUGCCUUCUGUGCUUGUUAGUGUAAUUAUUAAUAGGUUAAUACUGUCAAAGAAUGACUGAAUUAUACAUUAAAAGGCAGCAAACAGCCUCAUCUGUUUAAUUGGGAGGCUUUUAUUGGCCAUGAUUCUUCAUAGACGUUAUCCCAUUUGCAGAGACACCAGACGGUUGAGAUUUCAUAUUUUUUAUUCAGUUUAUCUGAGCUAAUAUGUAAUUUAUGAGCCAAUUAAAAGGUGAUGGUGUGAAUGCAUGUUUAAAAACCCCAAAAGCUGCAUUCCUUCAACUUAUACGAUGCCUUAUUUCAGAUUUUUUUCAUAGCCUUCGACAUAUUUUAAAGCGCUCUCCAAACAACUUCUGGACAGGCAGAUACACUCACAGUCGCCCAAGUUUGGUUUUCAUCAAGCUGUAUGAAGGUUCAUGUUUUAUAUCGAUGAUGUGCAAUUCUCAUGAAGGGAAAGUUACUGAAACUCAUUUUUUGUUUUCGCGAUCUGGGUAAAAAAACAGCAAAUUGAAGUGUUUUUGUGAAUAUUCACGAGGGGAACGAGGUUAAGUCUUUUGAUUUGUCUUACCUUGUGGAUUAAAUUAAAGAAAGUAAUAAAGGGGAAAUCCUUUUCUGUAAAAACGUACAGUCCCACGUCUCAAAUCAAGUGCGCCUCCCCUUUUGUAAAACACGUAAAUACAUUUCAUACUGUUUUCUUUCACCCAGGUGUGUGUAUAUCAGGUUACUGGCUUUCUUGUUUGAAAAAUGCAGUUGAUCUGUUUCUGUUGGGUUUUUUUGUAUCAAUGUUACUCAACAGGGUGCGCUUGUUUUGUUUGAAUAAAAUAAGCGCACCCUGUUUUGCUGUUUUUCUUGACAGCGGGAAGGAAUGUGUGUAUAAACAAAGAGGGGCCUGAAAUUAACACGUCGCCACCAGCCAAACAAACCUGGGGACUUUAGACUUUUGGGGGGAAACAAAAGAAGUUUGCAUUACAUUCCCAACUUUAUAUUACACCGGCUUGUAAUAACAAAGCCAUUUUUAUUGAAAAUAAGUUUUCUAAUCCAAAAAACACACCAACCAAAGAAGUAAUAUCCAAUAUUUCAGAUACUGUACAUAUUAAACCAAUACAACUUAAAGAAAGCUUCCUAUUACAAGUGUUACAAGAGGCUGUUUCAUCAGUAAACUCACAUUCUGUGCACUCUCAAGACACUUGUUUUAGUUUGGAAAACUUCAUAUUUGUUGGCUGGUUGGUCCAGGAAAAGUUAUUUUCUUGCCCUGCAAACAACACCAACAAAGACUUUACUAUCAUCUGGCUUCAUGAUGAACGAGUUUACUGACUGAUGUUUUAUUUAUUCAUUGUUGCUCUCUUGAAACCGUGACCUGUGUAUGAUUCCUGGUGACAUGCUGCUCGCGCUCGUUCGACUGGAAGUAAAAACGGAUGUCUUUUAAACUU